AUGACGGGGUUUGAGAAGGCGGUAAAGGGGGCCACCAAGCUCAAGCUCGCGGCCCCGAAAUCUAAAUACGUUGAAACCAUCCUGGUGGCGACCCAUACUGGCGAAGCGGGCGUCGCAGAAAUCUUCCGAACCCUUCAACAUCGACUACGCGAUUCGGCAUGGACUAUUGUGUUCAAAGCGCUUAUCGUGGUCCACCUCAUGAUCCGCGAGGGCCAGCUGGAUUCGGCCUUGACCUUCCUCUCCGAUAACCCGAAGAAGAUCGCGCCCAGUAACUUUUCCGAAGCACAAUCCCAAGGACAUAACAUCCGGCGGUAUGCCGAAUACCUGAUCGCGCGCGCAAAAGCAUUCGAUGCCACGAAGACGGACUACGUGCGAAGCGGACCGGGCCGCUUGAAGCGGCUCAGUGUGGACAAGGGCCUAUUGAGAGAGACGGAAUUUGUACAGAAACAGAUUCGCGCAUUGUUGCGAUGUGAUCUCUUGACGGAUGAACCCGAGAACGAAAUCAGUUUGACUGCAUUUCGCCUCCUGACGCUCGAUCUUUUAGUAUUGUAUUCGGUCAUGAACGAGGGCACAAUCAAUGUCUUGGAGCACUAUUUCGAGAUGUCACGGCCGGAUAGUGAACGCGCUUUGGCAAUCUACAAGAUGUUUACGAAGCAGACGGAAGAAGUGGUGCAGUUCCUGGGAGUCGCGAGACAUUUCCAGUCUGCCACCCGGUUGGAAAUCCCGAAACUCAAGCAUGCUUCCACAGACUUGGCGCGCCUCCUCGAAGAUGACCUCAACGAUCCGGACUUUGAUCUCCGUCGCCGAGAAUACCUGGCCGGGAAAGGAAUCAAGCAGAAAGUGCCGCCCACCUUCGACGCCCUUCCCGCGAGCAGUCAAACCCAAUCCACACCAAACCCGCCCAAGGCUCCGGAACAGAAGAAGGCCCCACCCCCGGAUCUGAUUGACUUCUUUGAGUCGAUUGAGCAGAACCAACAGCUGAUGGCUCAGCAGCCCUCAAUGCAGCACCAGCAAACUGGCUACCAACAAGCCUUCCAGCAACAGCCGCAGCAAUCGUUCUACCCUCAGCAAACGGGAUUCCAGCAGCAGACGGGAUUCCAGCAGCAGCCCACGGGCUUGAUGCAGCAGCCUCAGGCGACGGGAUAUAGCCAGACGAACCCAUACGGUGGAGCAUUCCCUCAGCAACAGGAGAACACCGGCAACCCAUUCGGACAGUUGCAAGCGCAGCAACUCCAAGCUCAGCCAACCGGUGCUGGAUUUGGAGGAUAUGGGCCACAGCCACAGCAAUACGGAUAUCAAUCGCAGCUUGCGCCUAUCCCACAGGACGGGGCUCCCUCGUUCUCUCAGCAGCAGCCCCCCAUGCAAAAUCAACAGCAGCCACCCUCCACACCAACGAACCCCUUCCGGCAGUCUAUGCUGGUAAAUAACCCCACUGGCGGCGCUGCGCCAGCGGCUGCUCCCCUGCAACGGCAGAACACCAACCCGUUUGCCAAGCGUCUUUCCAUGGCACAGUUUAACACUGGAGCUCCCGAACCAGUUCCCCAGGUCCCGCCGCUUCCCCAGUCACAACCUCAAAUGCAACCCCAAGCGCAGGCGCAACCGCUAGCGCUUCAACCGCAGCGCACAGGUACCAAUCCAUUCGCUCGGGCAUCUUCCGUCCCGCCUCCACAGAACACGGGGCUUCAACCUCUCCGACCCAAUCCCACGGGGAGUACGAACCCAUUCCGUCAGAGCCAGUUUAUCAAUCAGCAGACCGGGCAAGGGUGGCAGCAGAGUGGACAGCAUGGCACCAUGGGCGGCUUAGAACAGCUGGAGACGGUGCCCGUCUUCCCGCGGCCGGGCAUGACCUAG